AAAUUUUAAAGUUUUUUUUUUUUUAAUUUAAUAGUUUGGUAUGUUUAAUAAUUUAAGAACUCGCGCUUUAUUACGUAUACGACACCGAAAUGUAGCUGCUUUUUUUAAGUACUCCAGCUCAAUCCCAAAGCCGCAAACUUGCCCUGAAGUGCGUCACACGGACAUCUUCAUCAACAACGAGUGGCAGAAGAGCAAGUCGGGCAAGAGCUUCGAGAGCAUCAAUCCGGCCACCGAGGAAUCAAUUGCCGAAGUGCAAUGCGGAUGCAAGGAGGAUGUUGAACUCGCCGUCAAGGCGGCACGUCAGGCUUUCAAGUGGGGUUCUCCCUGGCGGCGCAUGGAUGCCUCGGAUCGUGGCCAACUGUUGUAUAAGUUGGCAUCACUUUUAGAACGCGAUUGGGUUUAUCUCGCGAGUCUGGAGACGCUGGACAAUGGCAAACCGUAUGCGAUGUCCUACAACGUGGAUUUGCCCAUGUCGAUCAAGAGUUUGCGCUACUUUGCCGGCUGGGCGGAUAAAAACCACGGCAAAACGAUUCCCAUCGAUGGCGACUUCUUCGCCUACACUCGCCACGAGCCGGUGGGCGUAUGCGCGCAGAUUAUACCCUGGAAUUUUCCGAUUUUAAUGAUGUGCUGGAAAUUGGGCCCAGCUCUGGCCACUGGCAACACGAUCAUCCUUAAACCGGCGGAGCAAACGAGUCUCACAGCCUUGUACAUUGCACAGCUGAUCAAGGAGGCAGGCUUUCCACCGGGUGUGAUCAAUGUGGUGCCGGGUUUCGGGGAAGCGGGCGCUUUACUGGCCAAUCACUGGGAUGUCGAUAAGGUUGCCUUCACCGGCUCCACAGAAGUAGGACAUUUGAUACAGCUGGCCUCGGGCAAUACGAAUCUGAAGCGUGUUACGCUCGAGUUGGGCGGCAAAUCACCCAACAUUAUAUUGGCCGACUCGGAUCUGGAUUUUGCCGUCGAGCAGGCACAUUUUGCGCUCUUCUUCAACAUGGGUCAAUGUUGCUGUGCGGGUUCGCGUACCUUUGUCGAGGACAAGAUCUACGAUGAAUUUGUGCAACGCAGCGCAGAGCGCGCCAAGAAACGUGUCGUCGGUAAUCCUUUCGAGGAGAAGACCGAGCAAGGACCACAGAUCAGCGAAGAGCAAAUGGAGAAGAUUCUGUGCCUCAUCAAGUCGGGUAAGGAGGAAGGCGCCAAGCUGGUGGCCGGGGGUGAACGUCCUGAGGAUAUGCCUGGUUACUUUGUUCAGCCCACCGUCUUUGCCGAUGUCAAGGAUGACAUGACCAUCGCCCGAGAAGAGAUCUUCGGUCCCGUGCAGCAGCUGAUACGCUUUAAGGAUCUUGACGAUGCCAUCACGAGAGCCAACAACUCGGAGUAUGGACUAGCUGCUGGUAUCUACACCAAGGAUCUGGAUAAGGCCAACUAUCUGGCGAAUGGUUUGCGCGCCGGCACCGUUUGGGUCAACAACUACAACAACUUGCCCGCCCAGGCUCCAUUUGGGGGCUACAAGAUGUCCGGCCAUGGGCGGGAGAAUGGCGAAUAUGCUUUGUCCAAUUACACAGAAGUUAAAAGCGUCAUUGUCAAGGUCCCGCAGAAGAACUCUUAGGUAGAGAAAAUAGACAGUUGUAAGAAAUGUAUUGAUUUAGAUAACCCGGCAGAAUUGACAAGUAGAUAAACGGAUAGCGAUGUUUCAGACAAUUUUGGAAAGAUUUUCUACUUUAUUUACGUAUUUUUAACAAGAUUUAUCCCACAUAAACAUUUACAUUGAUAAUCAA